AUAGAAACACCAGAAGAGCCCGAAAUAAGCACUGAAGUAUCAGCGGAAGCAACAGAAGCUUCGGAAGAAUCAACUACUCUGACUGCAGUAGGCACUACUACAGAGGGCACGACUCAGUCUGUAGUAGAAACAACUAAAUCAGAAGGCCAAACUGACAUACCUGAUUCAGAAGAAUUAAAUGCGAGUACUCCUAGUUCCGAAAGUCUAAAAGUAGGCACAACACUUCCUCCACAAAACGAUGAGCCCGAUGUUACUAUUGUAGCAACAGAGCAACCAAGUGAAAGCUCCACUCAGUCGGAACCUGAGCAACCAAGUCAAAGCUCCACUCAGCCUGAACCUGAAGGAACUACUGUAGCAACUGAGCAACCAAGUGAAAGCUCCACUCAGCCUGAACUUGAAGUAAGCACUAAUGUACCAGUGGUAACUACUGAAGAAACUAUUGUUAGCUCUAUACCAACUGAGGAGCCACAGCCAUCAAGCACUCCACAACCUGAAGAACCGGUUAUAAGUACAACGGAACGUGAUUUAAGUACAGAAACUAGUUCCGAAGCAGUACCUACUACAGGUAAUCUUCAACGAGUGAAGACCCUUGCGUUGUUGAUAUAUUCUUCCGCAGAAAGUGGUAACGUUAUUGACAGUAGACAGACCGAUAAAGCGCCUCUUGAUUUGCUCUCUCAACUUAUUGCCAAGCUCAUAUAUAAUCUAAAUUUAUAAUAAUAUGCCACUUUUAUGAAAUUAAGAUAUUAUUUAUAAAUAUUUAGAAUUGUGUAUAUAUAAUAUUAAGAUCAGGUGUUGGAGGCUAAAUAUUUUUUGCAUUUCAUUUAAUCCAUAUAACCAUCGACACAAACGGUUUGUGAUUUAUUCCACUAAAUACGAUAAAAAUGAUUUAAGAAUCAAUAAAUUGAAAUUUCUAUUCCAUGUA